GCGAACCGAGAGAUAAUUGUUUUGUUUUCUGCCACUAAUUAGUGGUUUCGUUGAAUACAUUAACGACUCGUUUCUCGUCGACAAUGAAAUCGCGUCGCACUUUAGGAUCAGGCGAUGGCGAGCCCUACCGUUCCCGUCGUCAACGACUACCCCGUCUAUCACGACGACUAUCACCGCCGGUAUAACAACGCGUUCGGCUUCGAGCCCAAGAAGUCGACGCAAACCUUGAGUCCAAUCAUUGUCUUCAGGAAUGAGUCGAACGCGAAGUUCGCCAAACACUCGACCCCUUCGUUGCUCUCCUGUUGUGGCGCCGACGCGAAGAACCACUUCCUGACGGUCCGCAACCUCCUGAAGGUCGUGUUCAUCAUGUUCUGCGUCGGGAUGUGUUUCUACCAAACGGUCGACAUCUUCAAGAAGUACUCGUCGUUUCCGAUGGACGUGAACGUCGUGGUCGAGGAGAUGAAGCUCUUGCAGUUGCCGGCCAUCACUGUCUGCAACAACAAUGUAGUGAAGAGAGAGCUGUUGUUCGAGAAGUUCCCGAAUCUCCAGAAAGAGACCAAUAUUUCGGUAAUCAAUGAGAGGAAGAGUUUUCAGAGUUUUGUAACGCAUUUGCCGUCAAAUCAGAUGAAAAAGUUGGAGAACUUUACGAAGCAUUGGAUCGCGAAGACGCCGUUGAAUGAAGUGCUGGAAUUGGCGCCCACUUUGAAGGACUUCGUGGAUGUGAUGGAGUGCGACACCCAAUACGACCCGGACGGGGACGACGCCGUCGCCAAGAAGUUGAAGUGCGUGGACAUCGAUGUGAUCACUUCGCUGCAGAAGAACGGCAUUUGUUUCACGUAUUUCCACAAAAUGGCAAAACAUGUUCGUCCGAAACCCAGAGCGUGCGUCCAAUUAGGCACUUGUUUAAUCCCUUUCGCAGCCAAAAAAGAGCCGUUUUUCGACACAAACGAAAUAAUUCGCUUCGAACUCGACUUUCAGCCGAAGGAAUACACGAACCAAGAGCUGCCCAUCAGUGGACGCAUUGCCAUCCACGACAACACGGAGAUCGGGAACUCCCUGUCCAACAGCUAUAAUCUGCAGCCCGGCUUCUACUACCAGUUCUACAUUAAACGCCAGUCCACACAAAUGCUGAGAAAGCCGUUCGCAACCAAUUGUUUCGAUUACGUGGCAGAAGAGGGACAGCGUCUGAACCAAACGCAGGAUUUCGCGUCUAUUCCUCUGUCGCGAAAGGUAUGUCCUGUUGUCGGCCUUUACUCCCAUUCACUGACCGCUCGCUCGUUGACAGCAAUGCGCGUCCGGCUGUACGUCGAGUGCUUUUGUUGGCCGCCGGAACUGCCGUACGUCCGCAACAACGGCCUCGACGUCAACCGAUCGCUCCCGUGGUGUCAGUGGAGGUUCGAGGAGGAGACUACAAUUGGCGUUCCCUUUACAGCGCAGAACCUGUACGGCAUGUGUUGGGACAAGAAGGCGCGCCUCAAGUGUGCGAUGCAAUGCCAGCCCUCGUGUUGGACCGAUCACUACGAGCUGUCCGUCCAGAAGCUGCAGUUCGAGUACUACGGAAGAGCUGGCUGGGAUUCGGAGGACGCGGAACUGAUGAACACUAUGGCCGUCGUGUCGAUCCGCUACUGGACUACAGAACACACGAUCCACAAGUACUCGCCGAUGUUCGCCAUCCUAGACAUGGUUUGCUACGUGGGAGGCCUGGUAUCCAUGUAUACCGGCAUCUCUUUGAUCGCGAUCUACGACUUCUUCAUUCUGUCGCUGUUUAUCAUUAAGAAAAAAGGUCUCAAAACCAAAAGCGACGCAAAAGUCGCGCUUUUGGCGGCAAAACGGCGACAAAACCUGACGUUCGCGGAAAUGGCCGACAAAUUGGCCGCAAAUAAGGUAACGAAAGGAAUGAGAGGAACGCCUAAUCUCAGCCUUUCGUCUCAGGUUCGACUCUCGGCCGCCAUUUUCGGCGAACAGCCCUUCGAUAAGGACACGGCUGCGCGCGCUCUGCAGCUCCUGGAUCUGUCGGACGACCGCCUGCUUGAGCUCAUGCAAGAGAGGCCCGAAAUCCGCGGACAAAACGAGCACUUCUUCGGCGAUCCCCUCAUUGCGCGUCUUCUGGAAGUGAUUCGCGUUUACGGCCCGACUCUGAAGGCCAUCGUCGAGGAGGAGAACGGAAACGGAAUCGUGUCGGCCGUCGACUGUCGUCUC